GUUUUAACUUUUAGCUGUCGAUGCUUUUAAAAAAGAUGUUAUUUCUGAACUCAUUUUGCGGAGGUUACUUAAUCAAGACGUGUUUCACAACAUAAAAACAAAGGGAAAGAGUAAAGAUGAUCCAAGCCUUUAUAUUUUCACACAAGGAAAAGCUGUCGACUUUUUUGUACUUAUACUGGAAGGUCGUGUAGAAGUUACAAUUGGCAAGGAAGCGCUUAUGUUUGAAAGCGGGCCUUUUACUUAUUUCGGAACACAGGCGUUGGUCCCAAAUGUAGUUAUUGACUCUCCAACACAAAUGGGUUCUCUGCAGUCUUUAAAUAUGGACUCAAAAAUACGCCAAUCUUUUGUACCUGAUUACUCAGUUCGUGCUAUAUCGGAUGUGAUUUAUAUAACAAUUAAAAGGGUUUUGUAUCUAACUGCAAAGAAAGCUACAUUGUUGGAAAAAAGUCGAAAAUCUGGGACAUUUUCCAGUGAGACCUUCGAUGACGAAGUGGAACGUCUAUUGCACUCUAUAACAGAAGAUGAAAAGCCUUUUUGUCUUGCAUCAAAUCAAAGUACGAGACGUCUAUCCAUACCUAACCGAAGUGUAAAUUGUUCUCCAACAAAUAUGAACAGCUCUCCCGAUUUGGUAUAUAAUAAAGUCGACGAAGCCAUUCAAGACGGCACGAAAUUAAAAAACUUAAACCAUGCGGGCAAUGUCUCAGAAAACAUAGGUUCUGAAGUAGAGGACCUUCACAGUGGAGAACACGAUGACAAAGAUACGGCAGCAGCUUCCAUGCCUCUUUUGCCACAGCUAGAUGAUAAAUUCGAAAGCAGGCAAAGCAAGCCCUAAACAGAAAAUGCAGGCCACAUUUACAUACGAGCAGUUAUUAAUAUUAUAUUAUUAAAAAUCAUUUGUUGUAUUAAAAAGCUUUAAACCAUUGAUUACGUUCAAAAAUUAUUUUCACCUUUCCCAUUUGUUAUACCAAAUAGCUUUCCGAAGGAGUAUAUGAAUAUAUAUAUCAAUGCAUUUUUUUCCUUAUAUAUUAUUUUCCUAAAUAUAUUUAUCUUUAAACGUGUAAAAACAAUUUUGAAAUUUCACAAAAUAGCUUUUCCAGAACGGUGUAUUAAUAUAUACAUAUACAUAUGUAUAUAAAUAUAUAUUUAAUUUAUUGCCUUAUAUAUUAUCUUCAUAAUUGUAUGUACCUUAAAAGUUGCCUCGUAAACUACGUACUUAAAAUAUUUCUUUCCUUCACUUACUCUUCCUUAGAAAUGGUUUUUGUAGGGCUAAAAGCGAUGUUAAAGAAAUAAGUUGCCUGUUUACAUAAAUUUGCCUGUUAAAACGUAUUUUCUAUUAAACUUAAAUGUGUUUGUGAACACAGCCAAUCUGGUGUAUUUUAUUUUCAUGUCAAGAAUUGAAUAAACAAAUUCAAAACUA